CCUCGCUCACUCCAACUAUAUUUAUUUUUUCCUUUCUUUGCCAAUUGUUUGUACUUCAAAAAUUUAUUAGUGUUUCUUUUUUUGUUAUAAUUCGUAAUAGUUCAAUAUAGUAUUAUUUAUGAUUGUCAUUUUGUUAACAAAUUAGAAGAUGAUCUUCAAAUUGAUUUGUAGUUUGAUUCUCUUCACUGGUGCCCUUCUUUAUCAAUCAACUUUAGCGCAGGUAGAUGGCUACAGACCAGGAGUCGAUUAUCCAAUCUAUAAUUCAGUACCUUUCGGAUUAACUUUCAAUUGUGGAGGUAAAUUACCCGGAUAUUACGCAGAUCCAGAAGCGAGAUGUCAAGUGUGGCACUGGUGUCUUCCAGGUGGUAGGAUGUUCAGUUUUCUCUGUCCGAAUGGAACAGUCUUUAGUCAAACAACUCGAGUCUGUGAUUGGUGGUUCAAGGUUGAUUGCAACGAUUCUCCAAGACUCUACGGAAAUAAUGAUGAUUUGUAUAGAGAUGCCAAAGGAAACAAAAUUUAAAACAAUCCCAUUAAUUAUAAUAUAAUAUUCUAUUGUAUUUAAUAAAUUUUUAAUUAAAUAAAGCU